AUGGCUCCUAAUGGUGGUAGCAAUGACCGCAAGAGGAAGAGGGACCAGGCAGAGGAAGGUAAACCUUCAAGUGGUAGGCCUGAGUGUCCCAAGUGCGGCAGACAUCAUGGUGGUGAAUGCUGGAGAGCAAUGGGAGCCUGUCUCCGAUGUGGCAAGAUGGAUCACUCAGCUCGUGACUGUCCUAGACAGGAGCAAGGGGCUAGUGGUGAUACAUGGACAUGCCACUACUGUGGAAAGAAGGGACAUCUCCUAAAGGAUUGUCCUAAGCUGUCAUCCGGGCCAAGCAAGAGCCGAGGAGAGGUUAGCAGGCUGGAUCUGAACCGCGGACAGACUUCAGCACCGCACAUCUAUGAGUUGUCCAAGGAUGAGGACAGGACCAGGCCAUUCCAAGCGAUCACUGGGAUGCUCGGAAAGGGGUUGUUCCAGUUGGGAACGGGGGAUUGUCCUGAGGUAGUGAACGCGGCCGAUGGGCAAGUUAUGAGGUCACUAGGAGUGAUUCAGGACAUCCCAGUGGUGAUUCAAGACAGGGUCAUGCCUGUGGAUCUUGUGGUAGUCCACCUAAAGAAUCACGAGGUGAUAUUAGGUAUGGACUAG